AUGCUCUCGGCCGCCUCUGAUUUGCUUUCGCAGCCACGCCACUUGGCGCUCGGCCUUCUGUUUGUUGCUGCCGCAUACACAAUUUCCACUCUCUCCUAUAAUCUCCUCCUACACCCCCUACGAAAGUUUCCGGGCCCGCCCCUAGCAAAAAUAUCCCGCCUAUGGGCUCGCCAUGGCAACCUCUACGGUCAGAAGUCGGAGCGAGUGCACGCCGCACAUCUCAAGUAUGGUCCUGUCGUGCGUGUUGGUCCCAACGAGCUGUCAUUUGCUUCGCCGGCCGCUGUACGCGAAAUCUAUACCAGCGACGUCUUCGUCAAAGAAGAAGUCUUCUAUCGCGCAAAACGCAUCUUCCAUGAGAACCAUAUGAUGAGCUUCCGUGACCCUGAAGCCCAUAGACAGCGGCGGAAGCUAUUGAGUCGUGGGUUCUCACAGGCGGCAAUGCUCGACUUUGAGGCAAACAUCUCGGACAAGAUUGAGACCAUGCUUAACCAGUGGGCGGCUAGAUGCGUCGAUGGUUCCAUUGACAUCUACCCAUGGUCUCACUGGCUAGGCUUUGAUAUUGUCUACCAUUUGAUGUUUGAUGAGGAUCCAGGUUCGAUCCGAGCAGGAAAGCCACACGAAGUCAUGCCGUACCUUCGCGCCUGGAAGCCGACAUUUAUCUAUAAAGAAUUCAUGCCUUCUCUCGAGCAAUGGGGCGUUUGGCUCCCGGGGCAUGUGGGCGGCUACUUUCGAGACGUAAACACGUGGAAGAACUACGCUGUUAAAAUAGUGCAGCGCUUACGUCAACGCGGUGCAAAGUCUCCAUUCCUGCGCAACGUCUUAAAUGGCGAUAAGGACGGCUUUCUUGGUCGCCCACUAACGGAUUCAGAAAUUGCAGAAGAGUCUAUGGGAGGGAUGUUCGGAGGUUCUGGUACGACGGCCAACACUUUCGUAUAUGUUGUCUGGGCAUGUCUGCAGAGACCCGACGUGGUAGAAAAGUUGAAGGUAGAACUUAACUCCCACUUCGGCGAUCGUUCUCAGGUUCCGGAUUACAAGUCCUGUGCAACGCUGCCUUAUCUCCAGGCCGUCAUCAGUGAGACUCUGCGAAGAUACCCAACCAUCAUAGCAACCCUACCCCGAACGGCUCGGCAGCAGAUCGACGUGGCAGGUGUUCGUGUACCGGCUGGCACAACUGUGGGUACACAAAACUAUACAAUUCACCGGGACCCGGAAGCUUUUCCAGAUGCCGAAGCCUUCCGACCGGAUAGAUGGCUGGAAGAGGAAGGUGAGCAAGCUCGAAAGGAUGCUUGGACGCCGUUCUCGGUGGGCACAAGAAAGUGCGUUGGGAUAAACCUGGCACAAAUGGAGCUGACUAAACUUGUAGCCGCGUUCUUCUUGCGUUUUGAUGGUGAGAUUGAUAAGAGCAUGACUGAUGCGGAUAUGAGAAUGUACGACACGUUCAACGCAGCACCGGCGGGUGCAAAACUUUUGGUACAGCUAAGGGAAGAUAAAGCCUGA